CUGUGUCACUAAAAUGUCAUUCUUUGUUUUUAGGUAUGUUAAAAGUGUUCAUGAUUUGUAAAUAAAUCAUUUACUAAUAAAUUGAAGUAUCUAUUGAGAUUAUACGAUAAACAUUUAUUUUUCAAAAUGAAUGUUUUACCCGCUCAACCUAUUGGUAUACAAAGUACAGCAGGAGCUGUACCUAUUCGCAAUGAAAAAGGUGAGAUAUCUAUGCAAAAGGUCAAAGUUCAAAGAUACAUAUCAGGAAAAAAGCCAGAUUAUGCACAAGGUGUGUCAUCAUCAGAAGAAUCAGAAACUGAGGACUUUAUAGAGCAGCAGAGACCAGAGCGAAGGCAAAUAUUACCACAAGUAAUUUAUCAAAAAGAUGAGAAUCAAAGUGAUUCAGAAAAAGAGGUGGAUGACCCUCGCCUACGUCGGUUGCGGAUGGCAGCACAUUCACCACCUCGUCGUGCUGAACAUAAACCAGAAAUUAUUGAUGCUGAACCUGAACCAGAAUCAGGCUCUAGUGCUGAAGAGGCUAAGGACAGUUCAGAGAGUGAAGAUGAGCUCGACGAAGAGGAGAUUGAAAGACGUCGUCAAGCUCUUAAAGCUAAACUUGCUGCCAGGGAAGCUGAAAAGGAAGUCCUUGGCAGGGAUGAUGAUGAAGAAAUGUUGGAUGGAGACAAAGAGGAAAGUGGCUCAUCUGACAUGGAAUACACUGACAGUGAGGAAGAUACAGGUCCCAGAGUGAAACCUGUAUUUGUUCGAGCAUCAGAACGAAUGACAGUUGCUGAGAGAGAACGCAAAUUGAAACUGCAGAAGAAAGAAGAAAGUGAAGCAAGAAAGGAAAAAGAGGAAAGAAGGCGAGAAGCAUUAAAACUUGUAGAGGAUACAAUAAGACUGGAGCAAAGGAAUGCACAGGCUGAACAAAAAGAGGGUAAUAUUAAUGAUGUUUGCACUGAUGAUGAGAAUGACGAAUUGGAAUAUGAGGCGUGGAAAUUACGCGAAAUGAAGAGGAUAAAACGUGACAAGGAAGAAAGAGAAGCUAUAGAGAAAGAGUUGUUGGCAAUUGAACGUGUUCGUAAUAUGACUGAAGAGGAGCGACGAGUCGAACAACGACUAAAUCCUAAAGUGGUGACAAAUAAAGCAGUCAAGGGCAAAUACAAAUUCCUGCAGAAGUAUUAUCACAGAGGUGCGUUCUACUUGGAUAAAGAAGAUGAAGUGUUUAAGCAAGACUUUUCUGGGCCAACUCUUGAUGAUCAUUUCGAUAAGACUGUUUUGCCAAAGGUAAUGCAAGUAAAGAAGUUUGGCCGUUCCGGCCGAACGAAGUACACUCAUCUUGUAGAUCAGGACACAACAGAAUUUGAUUCUGCCUGGAGCAAUGAAGGCGCUGCGGCUAGAUUGGCCAACUACAGAGGUGGCAUGAAACAAGUAUUCGAGCGUCCGUCAGCCAGAAGGAAACAUAAUGUGUGAUAUGGAUCUAAUGCUAUAUAAUAAUGUGACUUAGAAGUGUAUAAAUGCAGUAAAAUAUAAAUAAUAUUGUAAAUAUUAUUGCGUUUCUACAUGUCAGUUAUACUAAAUAAUAAAUUCACUGAAAUAAUGUAAUAAAA